GCGCGGGGCGGGAGCGCGGCCGGCGGGUAACGGGCGCGGGGGCGCGCAGCUCGUGCCCGGAGCCCGCCAGGACGGGCGCCCCGAAAACCCCGGCAGAGAGCGCCGGGAGCCCCGCACAGCGCGGGCGUGGAACUGCGCCGUGGCUGCGGGAAGCGAACCGGGCUCGGUGAAUGACACAACGAAGGCGGGAGGCUCGUGCCGUGCUCAGGACUGGGCGCUUAUUGUUAGGGAGACCAUGUGGAUGUGAGAGCUGCCCCAACAUACGAACAACCUGAAUGUUUUGUAUGAAACAGGUUUGAGGUCCCUUCUGUGACAGUGUGUAGGAAAGACCUGAAGAUCAUCUUGCAUCUCAGCUUGACACAACCUGCAGACAGCAAAAUGACAGUCAGCCCCCCGGCGCCUCCCUCCGCCGCCCCCGGCUGUAUGGUACACGGAGCCAGGGCCCCUCUCCGCCGCUCCAGCGGGAGGAGCCGCGUCCUCAGCGCCGCCGCUGCCGAGAGGUGAUUCAUGGCAGGGGACGUGGAAGGGUUUAGCUCCUCCAUCCAUGACACCAGUGUCUCUGCAGGAUUCAGAGCACUGUAUGAGGAGGGAUUGCUUCUUGAUGUCACACUUGUCAUUGAAGACCACCAAUUUCAGGCCCAUAAAGCACUGCUUGCCACCCAGAGUGAUUACUUCAGGAUUAUGUUCACAGCAGACAUGCGAGAACGAGAUCAGGACAAAAUCCAUUUGAAAGGCCUGACAGCUACAGGCUUCAGUCAUGUCCUCCAAUUCAUGUACUAUGGAACUAUUGAACUGAGUAUGAACACUGUUCAUGAAAUCCUUCAGGCUGCCAUGUAUGUCCAGCUUAUAGAAGUGGUAAAGUUUUGCUGCUCUUUUCUCUUAGCUAAAAUCUGCUUAGAAAACUGUGCAGAAAUUAUGAGACUUCUGGAUGAUUUUGGUGUAAACAUCGAAGGAGUCAGGGAAAAAUUGGAUUCCUUUCUGCUAGAGAAUUUUGUGCCACUCAUGUCCAGACCUGACUUUCUUUCAUAUCUGAGCUUUGAGAAGCUCAUGUCUUACUUGGAUAAUGAUCAUCUGAGCAGGUUUCCAGAGAUAGAGCUGUAUGAAGCUGUUCAGGCCUGGCUACGCCAUGAUAGAAGACGCUGGAGACAUACGGACACCAUCAUUCAGAACAUCAGGUUUUGUUUGAUGACACCAUCCAGUGUUUUUGAGAAGGUAAAAACAUCAGAGUUUUAUCGCUACUCCCGGCAGCUGCGACAUGAGGUUGACCAAGCCAUGAAUUACUUUCAUAGCGUUCACCAACAGCCUUUGAUGGAAAUGAAAUCGAACAAAAUUCGUUCUGCCAAACCCCAGACUGCAGUAUUUAGAGGAAUGAUAGGACACAGUAUGGUAAACAGUAAAAUUCUUCUCUUGCACAAACCAAGGGUCUGGUGGGAACUAGAGGGUCCUCAAGUACCUUUACGACCAGACUGCCUUGCCAUUGUAAAUAACUUUGUGUUCUUAUUAGGUGGGGAAGAACUGGGGCCAGAUGGGGAGUUCCAUGCUUCAUCCAAAGUGUUUAGAUAUGACCCAAGACAGAACACUUGGUUACGAAUGGCAGACAUGUCUGUGCCUCGUUCUGAGUUUGCUGUUGGCGUGAUUGGCAGGUAUGUUUAUGCGGUGGCUGGGAGAACCAGGGAUGAAACAUUUUACUCAACUGAGCGGUAUGAUAUCACUGAAGAUAAAUGGGAAUUUGUGGAUCCCUAUCCAGUCAAUAAGUAUGGACACGAAGGGACUGUGCUUGGUAACAAGCUCUAUAUCACUGGUGGAAUUACAUCAUCUUCAACUUCUAAGCAAGUGUGUGUGUUUGAUCCCAGUAAAGAAGGGACAGUAGAGCAGCGAACACGGAGAACUCAAGUGGUCACUAACUGUUGGGAGAACAAAUGCAAAAUGAAUUAUGCAAGAUGCUUUCACAAAAUGAUUUCUUAUAAUGGUAAGCUUUAUGUCUUUGGUGGUGUCUGUGUGAUCCUGAGAGCCUCCUUUGAAUCUCAAGGAUGUCCAUCUACAGAGGUUUAUGACCCUGAUACUGAUCAAUGGACUAUAUUGGCUUCUAUGCCAAUAGGUAGGAGUGGUCAUGGUGUAGCUGUUCUGGACAAACAGAUAAUGGUUCUUGGAGGCCUUUGUUACAAUGGUCACUACAGUGAUUCAAUUCUCACUUUUGAUCCAGAGGAAAACAAAUGGAAAGAAGAUGAAUAUCCAAGGAUGCCAUGCAAGCUGGAUGGCUUACAGGUCUGCAGCCUGCACUUUCCUGAGUAUGUUUUGGAGCAUGUUAGACGUUGCAGCUAAAAGAAAAUGAACAACCCAAUCAAAUACAAAAGAGCUAUACUGAAAAAAUUGCAAACCAAUUGAAUUCCUGCAGAGACAUUUCCUUGUGUAUAAGAACAACAGCUAAAUGCUCAAGAGAAACAGGAUGUACGGGGAGUGUACUUACAAGUUUAUUAGAAAAGAUGAUAGUUGGUCUGACCUUGUGAAAGCUUUGUUUUUGGUUUUUUUUUUAACAAACAUAAUUGUAAGUAUGAGAAAAAAUAUAUAUUUUUGAGUCUGCUUUUUUUUAUAGCAGUUUAUGUCCACAAUGUGUUCUCUUUUAUUUUAAUGGUCAUGAUACCACUAUGCUUUUGAAAUAAGUUGAGUUUGACAAAAUAUUUGUGAAAGGAAGAGAAGAAAGAUGUUAUUUUAAUUUUUUAUUGAGCAUCAAAAUACAGCUCAUCACCAGUACUUGGGUACAACCAGGUAUAAAGUAACAAAACCAAACCAUUUCUGUGUUUUAUGUUGUCUUUUACAUGUUUUUCCCAUUAACUGCGAAGUACUCUCAAAUCUACUAGGCAUUUUUGUUUUCCCUUAUUUACUUUGGAGAAUAAUUUUAUUCCUUUUGCAUGACCCUUUUCCUGAUUUUGUAUAGUUGUACCAGUAAGUCUGCCAAAAUGCAAAUUACACAUUUUCUACUAAAUUGAAAACAAGGCAUUUUUAUAUUCAAAACACUAUUUCUAUGCUGCCUUCUAUUGUCUGUGUUGUGUUAGUUGGUGAGUAAAAAAAUGUAUUCACACAUGUGCAUACACUGUAAAAACUGUAUAUAAAUGCAUCUUUUUAUGUGCAGUUACAAUAUUUUAACUAGUGCACAGAUUCAGCCAUAUCUGUUGAAUUUAAGGUAUUCUUUCAUGAGCUAAAUAAUUCAAAGUUCUUAAGUGAAACUGGAAGCCUCAUUUGGUAUCAAAGUAUCUUAUCUUUUAGUAUAUACUGAUUGAUUCAGUAACAUUAAAUUCUUUAUAUUGUUGCUACAUAAUGAACUUAUAAAUUAUUUUUUAAAAAGUAAACUCAUUUUACCUGAGUUUCUUUUUAUUUUCAAUGUGCUGCCCAGUUUUCUUUUUUUGUUAAAAUAGAAAACGUCAAUAAGCAAAUGCUCAGCACUGCUGCGACCCACAGUUAUUUUUGGAACUGGAUACUGAAUAUACUACAGUUUAUUGACAAUACUUUGCUUGUACUCACACUUCAAUAUGAGUACUCAUACUGAAGUGGUAUAAUCUUUUUAUUAUUAUUAUUUAAUUAUUAACAAUGUAAGAACUACUGUGUUUUGAAAAUGUGGAGUUAGGUGAUUGGUUUGUUAGUAUAAUUUCUGUUUCUUUUAUAAAAGUCUACACAGCUAUGGCUACUGACCUUGGAGUGCCUGAAUUAUAGAUGGCUGGUCCAAGAGGGCUUUGACUAUUCCAUUGUGUUAACUUGCAGGUAUAAAUGACAGCAGAUUGGUAAGAAUUGUCUGCCAAGAUGUAAAUAAUAACAGUAACUGCAUUUUGACUAACUUUGUGGAUGUAAAUUAGCCACUUCUAGAACCCAAAGGAGAGAUCUGGGGAAGCUGAAGGCUCACAUGUAGUUCAGAUGCUGAAACAUGAGCUGUAUAUUUUGUAAAAUCUUAUGCUGCUGUGUUUCAUUUUAAGCAAUAGAGCUUACUUUAUAUGCAGCAAUGCAAAACCACUUUAUUCAGCAUCUUCCAGUCAGAAUUCACUGUAGAAAAGGAAUGUACAGUACUCAGGGAGUUCAAAAGAAUGCACUUACAAAGGGACCAAAAUCACCCUAAAUUUUCUGUGUUGAAAAUAACACCUACUUGUGUAAAUGAAAUUUGAAAUAAUAGAAGUUAAAACAAUGUGUAAAACUUCUCAUAUUGUGUUCUGGUAUCUUUGCAGGAAUUAUGUUCUGGGUUGAAAUGUGAGUAUUUGGAGCUAUAUGGCAAGUCAGCAGGUUUUUAGGGUCUGUUUAUUGUUAAAAAUGAUUUAUUGAGUAUUUUCAUGUGUUUUAAAAGAAAGAGGGAAUGUUUGCCAUCAUAGCUGUAGUGGUAAGUUAUUUACACCAGAAGAGACUGGACCAAAUAUUGAUAUUCAGCCUUCUGAUGCAGACUAGUUUGCAGCUAAAUUUGUCUUUUUUAUUAAGAAUACAGUUUACUGAAUUAGAAAUCUAAUUUACUUUCAUGAUAGCCUAACUUAAAGAAAUAUGGCUUACACUAAAACCUCAGUUUCACUGUGAGACUUGUUUGUACAUCAGCCUACAUGGGGACAGAUAAACUGACUGGUAGGUGCUGGCUCUGUGCUGACUGUACAUAGUUUAUGGAAUAUUGGGGCACAAGAGGAAAAAAAGAACAAGGUUGGGGAUGAGGGUGGGUUUUUUGUUGGUUUUUUUAAUUUUUUUUUUUUUUUUUGUCACCAGCUCAGUUCUCAGUAAGUUAAUGGGGCAGCAAGCUAAUCCUGUGUGAGGCAGCUGUUAAGGGCACCUUACAUAGAGUAGAGUAUUUCACUUUGUGUGGGGCCAGUGUCAGUGUGGGGAGCAGCCCUGGCUCUGGAUAUCUGGUGUUCAGGAGUCAGAUUUCUCAGAGACAUGGCCAAGACUUUAUUAAAAGUAAUGGUAAGGAGAGGGGUGUCUCAAGUUACAUUUUUGAGUCUGCAUUCAAGCGCCUUCUGAAGCUGUGUGCACUCAGCAACUGCCACUAAAGUCAUUGGUGAGUGCUGACACUUGAAAAAUGAACUAGAUCAGUUCUGGUGCUCUACUUUUAAGCUCGUAUUUAUCUUACGGUGCACGGUUCUGAAAGACCUUGUUCAGGAUUGUAGUAGUAAUUGUUCUGUGAAAUUAUAAUUGAACUGUUGGUUUCAGCUUCCCUGAACCUGUGUCUCCAUUGAGAGGCUGGCUGUAACCUUUCCAGCAUUGGGGAUGGUUGGAAUUGGCUUAGGAAUAGAAUGGUGGGGAUAUGUGAGAAUAUUUUGUCAAUUUACAUAUCUACAGUGCUUUCAUUGUUUCAGACCUGAAAUAUAAAAAUUAGCUUCUGUUCUUUUUUAUAUGCAAUGGAAUUUUUGAGACAGUUACUUUGGUUACUUGGAGGGAUUUUUUUAAUUGAAUUUUUUUUCAAAUGUUUGCUCUUCAUAUUUAGCUCCAGAUAAUUUAGUACCUUAAUAAGAACAAUGGCUAAUGAGAAAUGCCUAUUAGUAUCAAAUUUUGAGCAUUAUGGUCAGAUUAAGAUGUUUAAUCUUAAUUUAAAACAUUUAAAUGCCUCUCAUUUGUCAAAAAAAGGUAAGUUAUGGUCUUUGGUUAUUAGAUUUCAGGAGGUUCUACUAUUCCCAUCCCAUAAUGGAAUACCAGCAAAUCUAAUGUUACUCACAUAUUUAAAAUUCAACAUAUGACUUUGAAAAGCAAGUGUACUUGCCUUUUUUUAGAAAGGUGGACAUAGUGAGUUACAAUCUAGGGUUUUUUUUUUUCACAUCUAUAGAAAAAAGGUAUCAGCUUAAUUUCUUAAUUUAGCAACCAUCUUCAGGAGGAAAUUUUCUUUUCAAACAAGACAAUGGACAAAAAGCACAAUGUUCCUGUAAGGGGACUGGUUACUGCAGGUUCCCAUUUCACAUGCUCCUAGGUCUCUUUUUAGGGGGCAGAUUGUUUUUUAUAAGUACUGCAUAAGGAAAAAAUGGCUCACUUUCUGCCAAAAAGUGUUGAUAGUUUCAUUGUGGGAGGCAUCAGCUGGCAAAAAGAAAAUUUAGGAACCUUUUUCCUCUUGAACUCAGCUGGUAGAAGGCAGAGGUUGGUUUUACAGAGGUCCUGCUGUUUCAGAAAGCACAGCUAGCAAGUGGCAGUAUAUGAGCUACCUGGCAACCUUCUUUUAUCUUACUUUCUUUUGAAAAAUGUGGAUGCCCUACUUCCUGAAGUAUGAUUACAGUUAGAACUAGCUCUGAGGGUUUGACUGUAAUAUUUCCCUUAUUUCUGAGAUUUGCAGCUAUGUAUUCUUGAGGACCUCCUGCCUUAGAAUCCCAAGUACUGCAUUCAAACUGAUCUAUAAAACCCCAUUACUUAACUCAUUAUGUCCAUUCUUUAGCAAAGGGAGGGUAAGCAUUGUGGGGAAACUAACAGUUCUUUAAAAUAAACUUCUAGUUUGUGUCAGCCUGCAUAUGUCAAAGUUUUUUCAGAAAUAGUUGCAUUUGUAGAGGUAUUUUGCCUUUUUCAUGUACUUUUUCUUAAAAAAAAAAAGCGAAUUUGGCCCCAGAUUCUUUUAACAUUUCAAAUCUGGACUUCACAUGUGAAUAGUCCAAUACAAAGAAACAGAUAACUGUAUGGUACUUAAAAGGAAAACAUGUAAGCACGAGUGUUACUAAGCCUGUGCUUAACAGUUUAUAGGGUUGGGGCCAUCAGGGAAAACAUCCCUCCUGCUCUCCUGCUAAUAAAAAUAUAUAUAGGUGGUGAAGUUACUUGAAUAAGCAUCUGUCACAAGUGAAGGGGUUUACUGAAGGAGAGUGGGAAAGAACAUAACUGGAAAACACAUCAUCUAUUUAAACAGAGCUUGCUGGUGUCCUGUAGCUAACAUUCUGAGAUUGUCAUGUUUGUUAAACAGCUUAAAGCUACUUAGAAUAAAUACUAAUGACUACUUUUGCAUCUGUAUUCUAUUUUUUAAAGGUGGUGAGUAACUUGAAAAUUUCCCUUUGUAUGGGUAAACUUCAUAAAACAUAGUUGUAUGUGGCAGGUGGCAGAAAAACUAAUUCGUUUUGAGCACAGCUUUUCUGUGUGUCCCUCUACUAAUUUUUUUUUUACACUUCUCUAAGUUCAAUUUAUGUAAUCUUUUAAAAAUAGAUUUCAGAAAUCAAUUUUAAAUAUCUUUGGAUUAAUAUUAAAUUGGUAGCUAAGGAAAAAUAAUUUCUAUUUGCAGAUAGUUUUUAUUUAUGGCUCUGGUAGAAAAAUCGUACUGUAAGUUUAGAAAAUGAAGUGCUCUGUAGGACUGUAAAGUUAGCUGUAUUAGGGGGGCUUUUAUUACCUCAGUGGGACCCACCUAACUUUUAUGUCAGUGUUGGAGCACGUGAAGGGAAAAGUGAAUUAUGUUUUUAUUUUACAUAUUUUUCCCUAUAUAUUGUUAUUUUUGUAGAUCUUUUUAAAAUAAAUUAUAUGAUGGAGAUUGCAAUUCCACUAUAAUAUCCCACAAUUCCAGUGUACAAUAUCAUAUUGUUCGUAUUGAAAAGAAUGUAUUUGAUAAGUUAACAGGAAAAGUUAUUUUCAAACUGUACUGUGUGUCUAGCUAUUGGAAAUACUUUUCCUAUAGAAAAUUAAAAUUAUAUGUAUAUGACCUCAUAUAUACAUUUGGAUUAACUGUCUAACGAUUACUCUAGGGCUGCUAUAAACUUCUCUAAAUAAUUUAAGAAUUGCCUCUUUGUAACUGUUUUGAAGCAUUUUUUUCUUGUCUUUUUUUUUCCUCCCAGAAAGUAAUUUUCCCUUGCUAUGGAUGCAGUAUGCUCAGACUUGCAUUUGUGCUCUGUUUGGGUUUCAAGCUGAAAAAAUGUAUAAAAUGUGUAUAAAGAAAAGUGUAAAUAAAAUAUUUUUAAUCUUUAAA